GCAUUUGAAGCUGAAAAAUCAAAUAUGGAUGAGGGCAUGUCAGGGUUUUGCAUUAAAGCGGCGAGUUUUCGCGGCAGUGGUGGUGGUGCCGGCAAUGGCAAUAAUGGAACCAAGUGCGGGCGUUGGAAUCCAACAACCGAACAGGUUAAAGUUCUAACUGACCUGUUCAGGUCUGGACUCCGAACGCCGAGCACUGAUCAGAUUCAGAAAAUCUCUUCUCAGCUAAGCUUUUAUGGAAAGAUCGAAAGCAAGAACGUUUUCUAUUGGUUUCAGAAUCACAAAGCCAGAGAAAGGCAGAAACGCCGCAAAGUUUCCAUCGAUGACAAGGAUUUCACUCGUCGAGAUCAAGACAAGAUUUCUUCUCCAAAACAACUAAAUCAAGUUUCAGAGCCGGCGAGAGUGAUAGAGACCCUUCAACUUUUCCCAGUAAACUCCUACGACGACUCUGAAGCGGAGAAGACGAGAUUUCAUGCAAACGAAUACUUCAAAGAGGCUACAGCUUUUGCUUACAGGGUUGGGACAGAAAUGGACCAUCCACCAUUGGAUCUGCGCUUAAGCUUCCUUUAAAUUACAUGCUUCAAAUGUUAUAAGAAAAAGAAAAAACUUCUAGCUAGCCAGCUAUAUAGUGUAGAGCCAUGGCUGUCAUUUGUAGAAUUUAGGGUUUAGCUGGUGGCAGGAAGAAGGGUGA